AUGGCCGGGGCUCCCGGCGGGGACCGCUCCAUGCCGCCGCCGUCCGCGAUCCCCGGCGGCGGUGGCGAAGCCCCGCGCGUGGAAUUCGUAGCCCUCACCGCCGUGCAGACGGAGAAGAGCGACGCGACCCCUCCUGCCGCCUCCGCCGCCGGAGGCAGUCCCAGGCGUCUGGGGCUCCUCGGGACUCCCUUACCGGCCCCGCCGAGGGGCUCCGGAGCGCGAUCCUUGUCGCAGAAGCGCUAUCGCCGUCUUCAGAACUGCCUCUACAAUGUGCUGGAGAGACCCCGAGGCUGGGCGUUCACCUAUCACGCCUUCAUAUUUCUCCUGGUCUUCAGCUGUCUGAUUUUAUCUGUGUUUUCGACUAUUCCUGAGCACCACACAUUUGCCAAUGAGUAUCUCUUCAUCCUGGAAUUUGUCAUGAUUGUUGUUUUUGGAAUGGAGUACAUCAUCCGAGUCUGGUCGGCUGGCUGCUGCUGUCGCUACCGAGGGUGGCAAGGCCGUUUCCGGUUUGCCCGCAAGCCCUUCUGUGUCAUCGAUUUCAUCGUCUGUAUUGCCUCUCUGGCCGUCAUUGCGGCUGGCACCCAGGGGAACAUCUUUGCUACCUCGGCCCUACGCAGCAUGCGCUUCCUGCAGAUCUUACGCAUGGUGCGCAUGGACCGCCGCGGCGGCACUUGGAAGCUCCUUGGCUCUGUGGUCUAUGCCCAUAGCAAGGAGCUGAUCACAGCGUGGUACAUUGGGUUCCUUGUCCUUAUUUUUGCCUCUUUCCUGGUCUAUCUGGUGGAAAAAGAUGCCAAUGAUGAUUUUCUCACCUAUGCAGACUCCCUGUGGUGGGGUACGAUCACACUCACCACUAUCGGCUAUGGGGACAAGGUCCCAAAAACAUGGCUGGGCCGGGUGCUGACGGCUUGCUUCGCCUUGCUGGGAAUCUCCUUCUUUGCUCUCCCUGCGGGAAUUCUAGGCUCAGGGUUCGCUCUCAAAGUCCAAGAGCAACAUCGACAAAAACAUUUUGAGAAGAGGAGGACACCUGCAGCAAACUUGAUCCAGGCUGCUUGGCGCCUCUACUCCACGGACGUCAACCGAUCCUACCUGACUGCUACCUGGUGUUACUAUGACAGCAUCCUUCCAUCUUUUAGAGAACUGGUCCUUAUGUUUGACCACUUGCACCGAGCUCGCAACGGAGGGCUUAGGAUCUCUGAGGUGAGGAAAUUCCCUGAUGGAGCUCCACCGUCGUAUCACUCCUUCACCUCUGGCCUGAAAGCCUCCAGUCCUCCUUUUUGCACAGGAGAAAGCAAUAAAAUGGGACUCAAGGACCGCAUCCGAGUGAACAAUUCUCAGAAGCAGGGCAGCCGGGGGAAGCAGCAUCUGGUCCCCCCACUCCACCGCUCUCCCAGUACGGAGAACGUCAACGAGGCCAUCAGCCCCACCAAGGUGCAGAAGAGCUGGAGCUUCAAUGACAGGACGAGGUUCCGGGCCUCGCUGAGGCUGAAGCCCCGGAUGCCAGUGGAUGCUGAUGGUCCUGCAGAGGAGACUAGUGAGGAGAAGGCCUACCAUUGUGACCUGACUUUUGAAGACAUCAUGCCUGCCGUGAAGACCUUGAUCCGAGCAGUCAGAAUUCUUAAAUUCCUGGUAGCCAAAAGAAAGUUCAAGGAGACCCUGAGACCAUACGAUGUUAAGGAUGUGAUUGAGCAAUACUCAGCUGGCCACCUGGACAUGCUUGGCAGGAUCAAAAGUCUUCAGACACGCGUGGAUCAGAUUGUGGGCCGGGGAGCUAUCGCUGUUGAUAAGAAAACACGGGAGAAAGGGGAAAAAGCACCAUUCGAGGUCGAGUUGGUGGAUGAGCUCAGUAUGAUGGGCCGAGUGGUAAAGGUGGAAAAGCAGGUUGAGUCCAUUGAGCACAAGCUGGACUUGUUGCUGGGCGUUUACUCACAGUGCUUACGGAAGGGUUCCAUCAACUCCAUUAGCUUGACAGCUAUACCAGUUCCCAUGGGGGAACCAGAUAUCACCUCUGACUAUCAUAGCCCUGUGGACCAUGAAGACAUCUCUGUCUCUGCUCAGACCUUGAACAUCUCCCGAUCGGCUAGCACCAACAUAGACUAACAUGGCCUCUCCAGACUAGCCACGUAACAGCCAUACACCAGCUCUAUGGGGGGAGGAGAGGCUGGGAGGGAGUCUUUCUUUUAAAAGGAGUGGUUGGGGGACAAUUCCUGACCACUCUAAUGGAUGAUGCUCACCUGAGCCAAGAUCUUCUCCAGCCUCAUCCUGUUGGUGUGUCCUCCAUCAGAUUCUUCUGCCUUUGCACCAGAAUGAUCACCUCAACUUUACUUGAAGUCUUCCAAUUGGGGGCAAGGCCACUAGCACCAGAGCAUUUAGAGCUAACGUAGGGUGGUUAUGUCCUUUAAUCAGCAGUGUGGUCACAGCACCCACCAGCUGACAGCCAUAACUUCACCAGUGUUUCUGGGCUUCCUACAGUGGUCGUGAUAGAAUGUAAAACUCAGUAAGCAGCUUUCUCCAUGGGAGGCAAGCCACAAUAGUCUGAAAUAACGGGCAGAGGAAUCUGUCUUUGGCCUCUCAGCCUUCUGUAGACAUCUGCCAUGGUUCUCAGUUAACUCCAGCGUUUUCAGGAGCCCCCAGGCCACCGAGGAAUUAAAUUCUCCUUUGGCAAAGAGCAGCCAAGAUGAAAUGACCACUUUGGACUCUCGAGCCUGGGCAGUGGCCAUCCCAUCAAGGAAAACCAUGUAAAUGGUGACAGCCAUUGAGUGACUUUGAUCAAACAGCCACUGACUCUGGACUUUGACUUUUCUGGGCCACCAGGUCGGAGACGCUUUUUUUUCAGCUAUGCAAAAGCUAGGUUACACUUUCCUUCAGCAGUGCUCGACAAGGGACAUUGCAACUUGACUGAAUGUGGUUUCUUGUCUUUGCAUUUAGAAGCAAUUAAUGACUGGCAAUGCCUAACCCUGCUCUCGGCAGCCUUUAAGCACCUUCCUACUUCUCUUUUAUCUCCCCAUUCUACCAGGUAGCAGGCAUUGCUUUGUGGCCUGCAAGUUCAUAAGCACGCCGUGGAACUUGCCCCAUCAAGGAAAUGUUUUCAGGGGGAGAUGGGCGCCACUAUAUGCAACUAUCUUGAAUAUGCAACCUGAAAUCAAUCUUUAGCAGUGGUUAAGGUGCCUUCUCUGCCUAGGACGUGAGCAGGGAUUUGGGGCCCUUUGGUGCUCUUCAUGGGCACACUUUAAGGAAACCCGAUUCAGGUAGCCAAGAGUAGAACAGGUCCUGGUGUUCUCAGGGGGCAUUUCAUCAGCUUGCUGCCUCUGUGGGGAGAGUUGAUCUGUGCUCUCUCUCUCAGGGAUCUGGGUGUGUGGGUGGGUCUCCCAUUCAUUCAACAGCAGCAGACUAAGGUGGAGCCUGGCUCAGGUACAUUCAUAGAAGAAUUAUCAGCACUCUGGUAUAGCUUUCGAUUAGCCCUCCUCAAGCUGAUGUCCUCCAGUUGUGUUGGAUGAUGAUUCCAAUCUUGACUGCUUGGGCUGAGAAUGAGAGGCAUUUGCAAUUUAAUGUAUCUGGGGGCCACAGGCUGGGGUCCAUUGCUUUCGACCCCAAUUUCCUACCAGCCAUGAGCACAUCCUUUCUAUUGCUAGUGGAAGAUCCUUGGGUUAUGAUUUCCAUCCAUGGUUUCCCUGGAGGCUUUCUCCCUUGCAGUCCCUCUAGAGCAGUGUUUCUCAUCCUUGGCAGCUUCAAGCUGUGUGGACUUCAACUCCCAGAAUUCUGGAAGUUGAAGUCCCCGCAGCCUGAAGUUGCUAAGGUUGAGAGACACUGCUCUAGAAUAUGCAGUACCAUAAUUCCAAUAUUGUCCUUUUCAGUCCCACCACCUGCCCCUCUGAUGAUGCCCUUCGGAUCUGCCCUUCCUUUUUGCCCAUCCAAGUAAGUUUUAACUUCUGCAGCUAUCGUGGUGGACUUUGGUCUUGAGUGUGCUUUCCUUGGGAAAGAUCAGUGACACAAGCAGACCUUCUUGGCCCAUUCUGUUUUCAGGAGCCUAAUGCUUGAAAACCAGACAGAAAACUCUUUGGUUUACACUGAAUGCAAUGCAGGGUAUGAAUAGGUCAAAUGUGCUUGGGGUCUAUGCAUUUUUCAGACAUGCUCAUGGAUAUGAACAUGCAGCUUCUUGGUUGAGCCCAUAUUAUUGCUCCUGGUGCAGAUUGAGGCUACAGUUGUCUUCCCAAUUGUCAUUCAGUUUGGAUGGUUGUUUUGGUUUUUGAUUUUAACCACAGACCCAUCCCAGAAUAAUUUGUAUAGGUAGUCCUUGCUUAAUGACCAUUCGUUUAACAAUGGUUUGGAGACAUGACGGGGGGUAAAAAAAAGUUACUUAUGACCCAUCCCCAAAGUUAUGACUGUUGCACCACCCCCACAGUCACUGACCACAAUUUGGCCACUUGGCAACUGGCUUGCAUUUACGACCAAUUGCAGCAUCCUGUGGCCCCGUGAUUGCGAUUUGUGACCUUCCCAGCCAGCUUCCGACAAGCCAAAUGACCAUGUGACUCACUUAAUAACCGUGGUAAAAAUGGUUGUGAAAUCAGGUCUGGUCAUGUGAUGCCUCGCUUAAUGACUGAGUCACUUAGCGACCAAAAUUCUGGUCCCAUUUGUGGUCAUUAAGCGAGGACUACCUGUAAUUUCAAACAGCACCUUCCUUCCAAUCCUUUUGCCUGGAUCUCUACUUAGCUCCCUAAAUCUGCUCUUUGAUCAUUUUAAAGAAGAAAACAGACAGAAGUCCUGUUUUUCUAUCAAAUGUCUUCAUUUGUCCUUCUCACCCUUAUGACUGACCCAUAGAAGCUGGCUUUCCAAAUGUAUUGAGCUAUAGCUGGCGUGGUUCCCAGGCAGCUAGCUGGGCAUUAUGGAAGAUGCGAUAGAACACAUCGGGCGGGCACCUGGUGGGAGAAGGCUAACUUACUAGGAGAGGAAAGAAUGAAAUCUGGAAGGCUUUCCCACCUUCUCAGAGUUAGCUCCACCAACACCGUAGUGGUUGGGUUGUCCCAUAGAAAAAGCCUGGCUUCCAUUUCUCACCUCCUUUAGGCUGCAUGCCCAAAGUCCCCCCACUUGCCCAACUGCACCUCCACUUUGCAUGCCCAUGCAUGUGUCUUGAAGAAAUGGUGAGAGCUGUUCCUAGCUUCUCCUCCACCAGUCGACGACUCUUCUCCUCUCAACGCACUGAAUACGCCCUCCUUGGAGAGCACACCCAAGUCCUCGUCCAAGAUGGACAUCUCCAACGGUAGGGGAGGGGACUGCAUGGUGAAGGGCAAGAGGGGGAGGAAAGGAGCAGGGAAUGGCUUUGACCAGCCAAAGACAAUAAGGCAGGCCUUGGGGUAGUUUUCCUAAUAAAUCUUGUUUCUGAGACAAUGCAUAGUUACCUCACUUUAUUAACUUAUUAACUUAUUUGUUUCAUUAAAAUUUUCAGUAGA